CCCCCCCCCCUUUAAAUUCCCCCACCACCACCAUUUCCAACAACAUCGUCGUGCCCUCCAUGAACACCUCCGACUCACCCACAAACUUCGACUCGCCCCACUCACCUCUCCGUUCCUCCCCGCUCUCCGAUAACGGCGACCCCUUCCACUCGCCGGAAAACUCGCCGCAAAAUGACCUCCGCGACAACUCCCGCGCCAUCGUCAUCGUCGAGACAACAUCAACUCAGUUCGCCCAGGCCGCGCCCCCCGCGCCGGAAUCCGAGCACCGGAACCCGCCGCCGGAGACCUUCAUCACCCGUCCCGUGAGGCCGGAUACGAGGUCUCCGGGCGUUGUUGGUCGGACGCGACCGAGGGCGGUGGCGCCGCCCAGGCCGAUGGUGCCAAAAAGAGAGGUGAUGGCGAAAAAGGUGGCGUUUUGUUUCCGGUUAAGCGAAGUAGUGCUGUGUCUGAUUUCGUUUUCGGUUAUGGCCGCGGAUAAGACCCGUGGUUGGAGCGGUGAUUCUUUUGACCGCUACAAGGAAUACAGGUAUUGUUUAUCAGUGAAUGUUAUUGCAUUUGUAUACGCAGCGUUUCAAGCGGGUGAUCUGGCGUAUCAAGUAGUAACGGGGAGACGCAUAAUCAAUCACCACCUGCGUUACCACUUUGAUUUCUUCAUGGAUCAGGUUUUGGCGUAUCUUUUGAUAUCGGCUGCAUCAUCUGCUGCCACAAGGGUUGAUGACUGGCAAUCGAAUUGGGGAAAAGAUGAGUUCACAGAGAUGGCUAGUGCUUCAAUUGCGUUGGCCUUUCUUGCUUUUGUUGCCUUUGCUAUUAGCUCCUUAUUCUCUGGCUACAACCUCUGCACUCUGUUCUCAUAGCAACAUUUUAACCUCGUAUAAGCUCUUGGUCGGUUGAUACAUCUACACACUUUUUUCUUACUGCUGUGGAGUAAUGCAUUCGUGAGUGUUGGUGCCAGUGAAUUUUUUUUUUUUACUGUACAGAUAUAGACAUGUAUACAUACACAAUGUCACAAUUGCGGGAUACUGUUCCCCUUAAAUCGGAAGGAUGGAGUAGGAUUUUUUUUUUUUUGUUCUCCUUAAAAUACAAUUAAACGAUUGUAUUUUAAUGUUCUUGCGUAAAAUUCGUUUAUGUUAUUCCAUAAAUGAGGUCGAGAUUUAAGGACUCGCCUAUUGGUAUGUUGUUAUCGUUUAUGUUAUUCCAUGAAUGAGGUCAAGAUUUAAGGACUCGCUAA